AUGGGUGGAGAAUCGUCUAGUCCACAUUCUCCAGUGUCGGUUCCUGUAGCAGAACUGAGGCUGGUGCUGCUGGGGAGGACGGGGUCUGGGAAGAGUGCAGCAGGAAACACCAUCCUGAGCAGAGAGGAGAGGAACCAGGCUGCUACAUCUACAGCUACAUCUACAUCCACCCAGCAGAGUGAGAGCACACAGGGGGAGGUGGCUGGGAGGAAGGUGACUGUGGUGGACACUCCUGACUGGUUCUCUCCUGGACUCUCUCUGGAGAAGCUGAGACAUGACGUGGGACUCUGUGUCCAUUUGUCUGCUCCAGGACCCCACGCCUUCCUCCUGGUCAUACCUGUAAAGCAGCCUACAGGAGAGGAGAGAGGGAUGCUGGAGAAAAUGGAGGAGAUUUUCGGAGAGAGAUGUUGGAGAAACACCAUGAUCAUAUUCAGUGUCACUGAUGAACUUCAGAAGAAGAAUAUUGAGGAGUUUAUUCAAUCAGGAGACCAGGAGGUCCAGAGACUGGUGGAGAAAUGUGGGAACAGGUUUCACUGUCUCAACAUUAACCAGAGUGGAGAUGGUUCUCAGGUCUCAGAGCUGCUGGAGAAGAUAGAGAAAAUGGUGGAAGGAAGCAGAGAGAAAUUCUACAGCAGUGAGAUCUACCUGGAGACAGAAGCUCAGAUUAGAGUGUUGGAGACUAAGAUCCUGAGGGAAAGAGAAGAAAAAAGAAUGAGAGAGGAGAUGGAGGUAAAGGAAAAAAUAGAUAAGGAGGUGCAGGACUAUCUGAGAAAAAUGGAAGGAAUAAUCCUGGAGCAUGAAGGAGACAUCAGACAACUGAAUGACCGAACAACUGAACUGGAGAGAAAGAUGAAAGAAGAGAGAGAUGAAGAGAAAAAGAAAGAACUUGAGAGGGAGCUGAAACGAGAGGUAGACCGAAGGGCAGAAAUGGAAGAAAAGGUGAAGAAACUAAAAGAAAAGAGAGAGAGGGAGAGGAGAGAGAUGGAGGAGAGGCACCAACAGGAGAUGGAGGAGAUCAGGGAGGCGUAUGAGGGAGAGGUCAGGAUGGACCUCAUAAAGAUCAUCAUGCCUGAACUCCAGAGAAACAUUUUGGCCUCAAAAACAAAGAUGCAGGAAGAGUUCAGCAGACAGAUGGAGGAGAAGAACAGAGAGCUGGAGACUCUUAAACAGAACCUUUCAGACCUCACAGAGACUCACAGUCUGUGUAAAGAGGUUUAUGGGAAAGCUGUGAGCAGCUCAGAGUCAGAGAGAGCAGCUGUAACAGGAGAAGUGUCGAAGGGAAUUUCUCAGAAAUUUAAAGAAUUUUUUCAUUAAAUAACAGAGUUUAUAAAGCCCCAGACACUCACCCAGUCAGAAACUGAGUGUGCAAUCCAGAGACAGUGGACAGAGCUGGACUGGGAUAAAAAUCCAAUAAUUUUUUUCUAGCUGCACUGCAUAUAAGUUAUCUUGCUUUUCAAACACACACACACACACACACACACACACUAGGAUAGGCUACCCCUCAAUAAGUUCCUGUUAUCAUGAAGCUCCUCCCUACUAAUUCAGCUCCCUCUCCUCCUGCUCCUCCUGCACUGAGAAGAGAGAUUAGCGUAAGGUUAAUUAAGGAGCUAAUAAGUUCACAACCUGUUCUUUUAUGUUACAAAAACUCUGCAAGGAAAUGCCCUAAAUAGCACGUAUAGUGUAGAUUUGUAUUUUUAUAUGAUCUGUUCAGUUGGCUGUAAGUGUGUAUAAUAUAAUAUAAGUUAAUUCUUUUUGUCACAUAUACAUUACUGCACAGUAAAAUCUUUUCCUCACAUAUCCCAGCGUAACUGGGGUCAGAGUGCAGGGUCAGCCAUGAUACAGCGCUCCUGGACCAGACAGGGUUAAGGGCACAACAAUGACAACUUGAUGGAGCUGGGACUCGAACCGCUGACCUACCGAUCAGUAACUCAGUGCACUAACCCUCUGAGCCACCACGGCCCCUAAAAACAUAUAAAAAAUAUAUUAACACACAUAAAAUAUAUUAACAGUUACUUGCAGUUUCUUGGCAUGCAGUGCAAUUAAUCAAGUCUUAUGAGUGGGACAUUUUGGG